GAGGAGUUCCAUGCAGGGGGCCGUGUCCACGUGUGGAAGCAAAUCGGAGUCGGACCGGCUCGUCUCAUAUGGCCGACUUGUAAACACUUCUUCUUUCAAAACAGAAAGAAAGAAAAAAAGCAAGAGAUGCCGCCGAAGAAGCAGGAGGAAGAGAAGAAGCCGCUGAUCGGGCGGGUGGGCACCAACCUGAAGGUGGGCAUCGUCGGCAUCCCCAACGUCGGCAAGUCGACCUUCUUCAACGUGCUGACCAAGUCGCAGGCGGCCGCCGAAAACUUCCCCUUCUGCACCAUCGACCCCAACGAAAGCCGCGUCCCGGUGCCGGACGAGCGCUUCGACUUCCUGUGCGAGCACCACAAACCGGCCAGCAAAGUGCCCGCCUUCCUCAACGUGGUGGACAUUGCUGGCCUGGUCAAGGGCGCGUCCGAAGGCCAAGGACUCGGCAACGCCUUCCUCUCUCACAUCAAGGCCUGCGACGCCAUUUUCCACCUCUGCAGAGCUUUCGACGAUGAUGAUGUGACCCACGUUGAGGGUGAGGUCAACCCGGUCAACGACCUCGGGGUCAUUGCGGAGGAGCUGCGCCUCAAAGAUGAGGAGGUCAUGCUGCAGACGAUUGAAAAGUUCGAGCGAACCGUCUUACGAGGCUCGGACAAGAAGAUGAAGCCUGAAUAUGACGUUUUGUGCAAAGUGAAGCAAUUGUUGGUGGACGAAAAGAAGCACAUCCGCUUUGGAGAUUGGAAUGCCAAUGAUAUUGAAGUGUUGAACAAGUACCUUUUCCUGACGUCCAAGCCGGUCAUUUACCUGGUGAACCUUUCGGAAAAGGACUACAUUCGUAAAAAGAACAAGUGGUUGGCCAAAAUCAAGGAGUGGGUGGACAAGAACGACCCGGGCGCCAUCAUCAUCCCCUUCUCGGGGAUUUUCGAGUCCAAGAUCUUCGACAUGGACGAUGCUGCCAAGGAGGCCUACCUCAAGGAACAGGGCACCACUAGUGCCUUGGACAAGAUUAUUGUGCAAGGUUACAAGUCUCUGCAGCUCAUUUACUUCUUCACGGCUGGGCCGGAUGAGGUCAAGGCUUGGACCGUUCAGAAAGGAGCAAAAGCGCCGCAGGCUGCAGGUCGGAUUCACACGGACUUUGAAAAGGGCUUCAUCAUGGCCGAGGUGAUGCACUACAACGACUUCAAGGAGGAGGGCACCGAGGCCAACUGCAAGGCUGCAGGCAAGUACAGGCAGCAGGGCCGCAACUACACCGUCGAGGAUGGCGACAUUAUUUUCUUCAAGUUCAACGCCGGGGCAGGACUCAAGGAUCCGAAGAAGAAGUAAAACUAAAAAUUUAAUUUGGUUUUUACAAAUCUCAACGAGAGGACCAUUUUAUUUGACAGACUUAUCCUUUUUUGAUGUAAAAAUAAUACAAUUGCAUUUUGUUUUUUAUGUCAAUAAAAAAUUGUUGUGCUUCAUUA